CACACGGCACAAAUAUCAUCAAUUUUCACUAGGCCAUGUUCUCCCACUAAUCACUUCCUCCCAGCAGAAAACAAGGAGCCCCCCAAAUAUUUGGCCUGGGUUUCUAGAGAGAGAAAGUCCGUCUUUGCAAUCACAGAUCGGUACCAACAUUCUCUUGGGUAUAUAAAAGGGUGCCAAGAUGGUUGCACAAGGCUUCACAGUGGAUUUGAAUAAACCUCUCGUCUUCCAGGUUGGCCACCUUGGAGAGGAUUACCAGGAGUGGGUUCACCAGCCUAUUGCUAGCAGGGAAGGUCCUCGAUUUUUUGAAAGUGAUUUUUGGGAGUUUUUGACCAAAAACGAGUGGUGGGUAAUUCCUCUAAUCUGGCUGCCAGUUGUCUGCUGGUGCAUCUCCAUGUCUGUUUGGAAGGGCCUCACACUUCCUCAUAUAGUAUUGAUGGUGAUCCUUGGUAUUUUUAUAUGGACAUUGAUGGAAUACAGUUUGCAUCGCUUCCUUUUUCACAUCAAAACAAAAAGCUAUUGGGGAAACACAUUCCAUUAUCUUCUUCAUGGUUGUCAUCAUAAGCACCCCAUGGAUGGACUACGCCUUGUUUUCCCUCCUGCUGCAACAGCUGUCCUUUCUUUUCCGGUCUGGAACAUGAUCAAACUUAUAUCUACUCCUACUACUACACCUGCUUUGUUCGGAGGCGGUUUAUUAGGUUAUGUAAUGUAUGAUGUCACCCAUUACUAUUUGCACCAUGGACAACCAACAGGUCAAGUAACUCGACAUCUUAAGAAAUAUCACUUGAAUCACCAUUUCCGUAUCCAGGACAAAGGCUUUGGUAUUACUUCCUCGAUAUGGGACAAGGUGUUUGGAACACUACCUCAAUCAAAAGCAGCGGGAAAGGGUAGAUAAUUUAAUUAGCAUUUGUUCAUUGCAGUGUUUUAGUGGUUUGAACAUAUGUUUUUUCUUCCUUAUCAUUCUUUUACCGCUGUGGUGCUGCUUAUCGAUUCUAUGGCAUAUUUUUGAUAGUAUUUGUUUCUGAAGUCUAGCAUGUCUGGAUGGUGUUGACUUGCCCUUUCUUCCAACCAAAAAAAAAAUGUAUAAAAUGAAUUUAUUGUCUUGGAUUCAGUAUUUAUUUAUGAAUUCGCUCUUCCAUUA